UUAUAUAGAAAGGUACGGGAUCGAAUGUUGUAUAAUAUGUUUCGGCAUAUAAAAGUUUCGUAUUCCGCAAUUCAGCGUGGAAGUUUGUUGAUUCAACGUAGCAUCUCCACUGGUCAACCGCUGUGCCAGGCUAUUAAAAGUCAUGUUCCAAACAAUCUGGAAAAACGGUUUUUAGUUUGGAGUGGAAAAUAUAAAAAUAUUUCUGAUAUUCCAAGUCAUGUCAGUUAUGAAGAAAUGGAACGUUGCCGUAAUAAAGUGCGUAUUCGUUUGGCUAAUAUAAUGAUAGGACUUACUAUUGUGGGUUGCUGUAUAAUGAUCUAUAGUGGCAAACAAGCUGCGAAACGUGGCGAAUCUGUUUCCAAGCAAAAUCUAGAUUGGCACAAACAAUAUAACGAAUCUGUUAAAGUUGAAGAAUCAAAGUAAUUUUAUAUAAAAAUGUGUUAAUUUUUUAGAAAAAUUAAAAAAAAUAUAUGUUUUAU